AUGACUGCCCCCAUGGAGAGAAUUCAAAUUCUUGAUGACAUUGAAAAGGAUAUUAUUACAUGCCUGCAAUGUGCUGCUCAAGCUCUUCUAGAGCUAAGUAAAGAAAAGUCAGGUCAGAAACAAGCUGAGACCAAUACUUCACAGUUUUUAAGAACGUUAAGUCAGGUAGAAACCAAGCUCAGUGAUCAAAUUAACUAUUUGACUCAAGUAUCCACUGGGCAGCCUCAUGAAGGAUCUGGAUAUGCAUCACAAAAAGUAUUACAGAUGGCUUGGCAUAGAUUGGAGCAUGUUCGCUCCUGGGUAAAUGAAUUGGAUCGUUUAAAGGCGUCUCACCUGGCUGCUACAAGAACUGUGUCAGGAAACAUACAGAACGGUAACAUGACCUCUUCUGGAACAAGUACUUGA